AUGUCACAAAUUCAUACAUUAUCAGAUAUAGAUGACUUUAAACAAAUAGAAGUUGAAUUGGAGCGUGUGAGAAGCGAACUCGAUCACCUGAAAUCGGAGGCUAUAUCAAAAUCUAGUGAGAAUGUUUUCGCAUUUAAUAACGGAGUUAGUGCUAAAGCACAUAUAUCUAUAGACCCUUUAGGUCAUGAUUCGAAGAAUCGCCUAACGGCUUGCUCUGCAAUAAUUAGUGAAUCUAGCAAUAGUCUUAGACCAUAUCUAGCAUGCAGAAAAAAUAUAGAAGAUAUCGAAAAAAUCGAUGAUGAUGACGGAAUCAUCCCUAUACCCAAGGUAAGUGACUCAUGGAAUGAGGAUGCUAACACAUCUGAAACUAAUAAUAGUGGAACUAGUAAAGAUAUUAUGCUAAACACACAUAUAAAUUCAGAUCCGCAGAUUUCAGUAGGAGGAAUAGAAGCAAUACCUACUGUAGCAAGUACUUUGAUGUCACCACUAUCGGCAUAUAUGUUACUUAUCUUGAUUAUUGCUGUUAUAUGGUUCGUG